CCGAUACUGGGACAAGUGGCGCACUACACGCCACUACGUCAACGUAGCGGAUCUAAGACAAAAAGGAAAUCUGGGAUGUAGCGGGCUCCAACAUGCCCCAGUCCCUUAAGUUACCAUACAAUAUCAUACUUGGGAUGACAAGCUUUCCUACGGCCUCGGUAACCGCAAUUUACUAUUGAGGCCAGUCAACCGCAGCGUUGAGCAACGCAAUCACGCUCUUUAUUUAUUCAAGAGAAGAUGGCGGAGUUCUCGCCUGUGUUGUCUUUGCGGGAUGGAGGGGGACGAUUCGGGCAGCCUAUCUUUCCCAGAUCCAGGUCGGGUUCCGAGUCAGAUAGCGAACUGUCCCAGAGCCUGGCUCGAACAAAGAUCCGCUCGUACGGGAGCACGGCCAGCGUCGCAGCGUCUCUGGGAGAGAAAUUCAUAGAGCAUCGGGUUUCCGACAGUGAUACACUGCAAGGGAUUGCCCUCAAAUACGGAGUAACGACGGAGCAGAUCAAACGGGCCAACAAGCUGUUCGGCAACGACUGCAUCUUCCUGCGGGCCAGCCUCAGCAUCCCCGUCCUGUCGGAGAGGCGCUACCAGUUCAACGGCCUGUACCCGGAGUCCCCUGACGGCGAGCCCGGGUCGCUGCCCCGCGGCGGGGACGCGCCCCGCGGGACGGAGAGCGUGGGGGAGGGGGGCCCCUCGCCGGCCCCGUCGCCGCCGCCGUCGGCGGACCCCGGCCCCCCGCCCCGGCCCCAGCCUGAGGAGCUGUCGGCCAAAGACUUCUUACACAGACUGGACUUGCAGAUCAAACAGUCGAAGCAGGCGGCGCGCAGGCUGAAGGAGGAGGAGGACAGGGACAGCGAGGAGGACUUUACCGUCACCACGACGGCAUACCAGGAGAUCUAAAGGACACGGAAAUGUAGAGGGACACUCGUUUACCUGAAGCCUUGUUGUGGACAUAAGCUCGUACACUAUCUCUCUCUCUCUCUCUCGCUCCCUCUCUCCGCAAAAACUCAUACUGAGAGAUAGAGAACAUGUUUGCCUAUUGUUUCUUUCCCUGUUUUCUUUUACCAGAGCAGUUUGAACCCCUAUGUCAUCUCGCCUUUUUAUUUAUUGAUGUUGCGCUGAUAUAUAUUCCCUGAUAUUGUCAUUGUUGUUUUCUUUGCGUUGAGGUUGUUUUUAAGUCAUACAGAGAGGAGUUGUUACAAAAUCAUCAUCACAGUGCACCACAAACCCAUGCACGCGCACAAACGUGUGCACACACGCAGGCCCGGUUUUAAGUAAUGCCAGCAGGAUUAGUUUGAUAGGCAAACAGCUUCUUAACCUGUAAAUCCCCUCCUAGAAUAGAGUCCGUACCAAUGUAAACAUAAGAGCUAUAUUCUUGAAAUGGUUUUCUGUUUACUUUCUCUCUCUGAGUACCCAACAAAAGCUGAAGCCUUUUAAAUAUAUAUUUUUUCUCUUGUUUUGUCUGGUUUGCCUGAAAGUCUUAUCUAUGUGGAAACAGAAGGGACUAAACAACAAUGGGGCUCGUUUUUGAAGCGUGAAUGUAAUAUUUAAGUGAGUGGAAUACAUUUUCCGAAUCAAUGUUUUACUUUGUUGAAUUUGAGUGAAUAAAUAUUUACACCAAA